AUGGCUGCUGAGGUUCCCCUUAUUCCUCUUUUAACACCUUACAAGAUGGGCAAUUUCAGUCUAUCACAUAGAGUUGUUUUGGCUCCGCUGACUAGACAGAGAUCUUAUAAUAAUGUUCCUCAGCCCCAUGCUACCUUAUAUUACUCUCAGCGAACUUCCCAAGGGGGUCUUCUGAUAGCUGAAGCUACUGGUGUUUCUGACACUGCUCGAGGGUAUCCUCAAACACCAGGUAUUUGGACAAAAGAGCAAGUGGAAGCAUGGAAACCCAUUGUGGAUGCUGUUCAUGCUAAAGGUGGUAUAUUUUUUUGUCAGAUUUGGCACGUUGGAAGGGUUUCAAAUUCAGGGUAUCAACCAAAUGGGCAGGCCCCAAUAUCUUGCACAGACAAGGGACUUGCUCAAAUUGGGGCUAGCGGAGUUGAUGCAGCACAAUUUACACCACCAAGGAGGCUGAGGACAGAUGAAGUUCCUCAAAUUGUCAAUGACUUCAGACUCGCUGCAGGAAAUGCUAUGGAAGCUGGUUUUGAUGGGGUUGAGAUUCAUGGUGCCUAUGGUUAUCUUCUUGACCAGUUUAUGAAAGAUCAGGUUAAUGAUCGAACUGAUGAAUAUGGCGGAUCACUAGAGAACCGUUGUCGAUUUCCCUUGGAGGUUGUUAAAGCUGUGUCAGAUGAGAUAGGACCUGAGCGAGUUGGAAUUAGAUUAUCACCUUUUGCCGAUUAUUAUGAAUGUCGAGACUCCAAUCCUGAAGAACUUGGCCUAUACAUGGCAAAUGCUCUGAACAAAUAUGAUAUUCUGUAUUGCCACAUGGUAGAGCCAAGGAUGAACACUGUUGGAGAAAAGAUUGAGAGCCCUCAUAGUCUUGUGCCAAUGAGAAAGGCUUUCAAUGGCACGUUCAUCGUUGCUGGAGGCUACGACCGCAAAGAGGGCAACAAUGCAGUAGCUGAGAACCGGGCAGAUCUUGUCGCAUAUGGUCGCUGGUUCUUGUCCAAUCCUGAUUUACCCAAGAGAUUUGAGCUUGAUGCUCCCCUCAACAAGUACAACAGUGACACAUUUUAUAUUCCUGAUCCAGUUGUUGGAUAUACAGACUACCCAUUUCUUGAUGGAAGUUCUCAAGGUGAUAGGAUUGAAGCUUCAGUUGCUCAUAAAGGACAUAUACAAAGAUAUGUCAAAGAUUUAGUAGAGGGUGGGGUUUAUCAAUUUGAGAACUUUGAAGUCGUGGACAAUGAUGACGACAAUUACAAAACUUGUGACCAUCCUUGCAAAAUUAUGUUCCAUCCAAUGACAUUUUUUCAAGAGCAUGAUUUGCCAAUCCCCCUUGAAAUCCAGGUAAAUGUAUCUCUUUUUGGGAAGGUCGCAAAAAAGGCGUUUGAGGCCAGAACAGAUGAUUUAGAAGUCCCCACCAUAGUUGUCAUACGGUUUGCUAAGAUUGCAAAGAAAAAAAAUGAUGAUGAAGAUGUCUCUAAUUGUAGUGACAUUGAUGUUUUCGACAUAAAUGACUAUGAUGAGCUUGAUAUAUCUACAAAAAGCUAUCUUGAUGAAGGAGAUCCAGUUUAUGCAUGUCAAUAUUGUGGUGCUUUGAUGUGGUUUAUUGAAAGGCUUAAGAGAGCUCCUGCCAAUGAAUAUCCAUUGUUCUCAAUUUGUUGCUGCCAUGAAAAAAUUUUGGUGCCUCUUAUGCAACCUCCACCAGAAAUGUUUCGUCGACUUUUCUUCCAUAAGAAAAGCCCACAGUGA